UGUUAUUUAAAUAAUAAUUAUUAUUAUAAUAUUUAUUUGGAGUGUCGUACGUUACGUUGGAUGGCUUUCAUUAACAAUUUUAAUUUUACUUUCAGUAACUGCUUUAACUAAAAAAUUAAACUAGUUGACGUUGCAAUAUUUAAUAAAAAUGAAAUAUUAGUUCAGCACUUCAGUUGAUUUACUUAUUAAUUAAUUAAUAAAAUUGAAAUAAAUUAAUAAAUCUUAUUGACAUCAAAAAAUUAAAUUAUUUAGUUUGUUUUUUGUUAUCCUCUAGCAAAUAAAUAUAAAACCAAAAGUUGUCACUAAUUUAUUUAUAUCUUAUGUUUCUUAUCUAAUCUAAUGAAUCAAUCUUUGUUAAUUUUGUCAUUAUUUAUUAAUUAUUAAUAAAAGUAAAUUUUAAAAAAUUUUAUGAAUGAGUAACCAGUCGUAAAAUCGUCAGAAUCAAAACCAACACUUUCGAAUUUAUUAUCUUGAAAAAUGGAUAGCAGUCUAAGAAUAAAAAGAGACCACUGGUUGUUUGUUAGAUUUAUGAAGAACAGCAACUUAUGCAAGUACAUCGAUGUCUUCCCAAGUGACAUGACUAUAAACCAAUUGAAAGGUCUUUCCAACAACAAUUUGUUAACUAUUUAUGGCAUCGACUCCAUUGAAGACAGGAUUGCCAUUAUGAAGGCCGUGCAUGAGUAUAACGUCAAAAGAAUCGACCAAAGUGAUCAUGAAUCAGAUGGUAGCAACAUUGAUACGUCUUUAUUGCUGAGGGACAAGACAUGCUCCAGGCCGGCCCAAAUGAGUAGACGACACAGUGUACACAGGGACAUCUUCAUGAGUCGGAGAAUUUUGAGAUGUGGAUCGGAGAAGAUGAAAAUCAACAUUAACAACAGAAACAGUUUGAAUAAGUCACAAAAUACCAGCUUAGACUUGCCUGCAAGCAAUCUCAUGAAAAUAAGGAAUCAUCACUUGGGCCACUCAGCUCCCGACAUUGUAUCUUCUCUCAGCACCAGCUCACUCAAUGCUUGGACAACCACUGUAUACGUUUGCGACAACAAAACAAGGUGUGAGGUGGAUGUAAUGAUGCCUCUCAUCUCAAUAAGCUCGUCAUGCAUCAAAACCCUCACAACUUUGUAG